GGAGAAAGUGAGAGAGAGAAAAGAGAGAAACAGAGAGAGACAGAACCAAACAGAGAGCUACUUGCCGACCAUGGAGAGUGCGGAAAGACUGAAGAUCGAGGUUCUCCUCCUCCUCUACUCCCAUCCUGAUGGAGUCCCGCUCGACGAACUCCAGGCCCAGUUCCUCAACUUCCACGGCUGCCACUUCGACCCGUUUGCCUGCGGUUACCAUUCCCUGAACUCCCUGCUCGAGGAUAUGGACGGAACUGUGCAUUUGUGCGAACACCCCUCCCCGAGGCUCCGGGCUAGUGUUGCAGGCUCCCCGGCCUACUCCGGGCCUAGUCGAAGCCAGAAGCCACGGCCUACCCUGCCUGCAAUCCUCCCUCAGUAUCUCCUAGCCUUCCUGGGGCCUAGUCUCCUCCAUCAGCCUUCCUGGGCUGGCCUAGUCCCACCCCGUCAUCCUCCCCUCUCGUUCGGGGCUCCCGAGGCCUACACUCGGGCCAGCUUUGCGGCCUGCCAUCCACCCCGCUUUCCUGCAGCCCCCGGGGGCGUGAGUGAGGCUCCCCCAACGUUAGGCUCUCCCUCAGGCCAGAUCGUAGGGUGGCCCAGGCUGCGGACCAGGCCGCAGGCCCUGAAUCCCGGCCUAGCUCCCCAGUCUUCAAAUGGGGCCAACGUCACAGACCCCAAGCAGAAGACUUUGACCUACAGCCAGGCCGUGCAACAGGGUGCAGCCGGAGGGAGGAGAGGGGGGGAGGGAGGAGUGAGAGAGGGCUGGAGAGGUGAUUUCAACCUACAAUCUAGGCCAGGAACGAGCCUGAAUCUAAACGGACCCAGAAAUCUAUCAACUCGGACAAAUUUGCCGCAAGAAAGCCUGGAGGGCUGGAGAGAGAAGGCCUCAACAGUACAAAAAGGCCCUCAAUCCUCGUCGCCUCCAGAUCCGGGUCGGGGGGAAGUCUUGGAGAAUCCAGGGGGGGUUCGUGAGAAGAUCCUGGAGCUCCUGGAUCGAAUGCCGGAUGGAAUGAGUUUCUUCGAGCUGCGGCGGUCGUGCGCAGAGAUUUGCGGCAGAUCCACGUUCACCGGAGAUUGCCCCAACUUGAAAACCUGGCUGGGAACAGUCGGGAUCGAGGUGUCGGUGCUAGGAUUGGGAGUCCAGGCGCGCAUCCAUCCCGGAGAUGUAUCCGGACGCAAACAUCUCUCCGAUGCUGCCUGACCUGCUGAGUUUACCCGGCAUUUUCUGCCCUCUUUGCUACAUUCAGGGCUAUGUGGUUCCAAUGCCUUCUGACUGUAUUUCUGGAGAAACAGAACUAUUUUCUUCAAGCUGUUAUAAGGCAACUGAACCAUCCUCUCACCAACUAGAGAGCGGCCCAGACCUCCCAUCUACCACACUGGAGACCUUCAAACUAUCUUUAAUCGGAAUUUCUCUUGCACUAAACGUUAUACCCUUGAUUCUGCAUCUGUAUGCUGUGGACAGUUUGAUUACAAUCAUCUUUAGUCUUUUCGUUGACUGGAUAGCACGCAACACAAAAGCUUUCCAGGGUGCCUCAGUAACUGUGAUAAUAAACUAAAUUAAACCAUCCACCUCUGCCAACAAGGCCGUGAAUCCAGCAGCCAAGUUCAUUUUUUUCCCCAUCAUCUUUCAUUGGUUCCCAAGUUAGGUUUAGACUGAAGCUACGAUGCACCUCCCAACACUGGCUAACGUUAACUAACGUAAGUUGCUAACAAUAGACAAUAGAUGCAGGAGUAGGCCAUUCGGCCCUUCGAGUCAGCACCACCAUUCAAUGUGAUAAUGGCUGAUCAUCCCCAAUCAGUACCCCGUUCCUGCCUUCUCCCCAUAUCCCCUGACUCCGCUAUUUUUAAGUGCCCUAUCUAGCUCUCUCUUGAAAGCAUCCAGAGAACCUGCCUCUACCGCCCUCUGAGGCAGAGAAUCCCACAAUGGACAGAGGCAUAGACAAGGAGACAGUCAGAACUUUUUAUCAAAUAAUACUUUAGAACUUUAGUGUCAAAUAAUAGAGGGAUUAACUACAAGGUCAGAGAGGGAUAGUUUAAAGUAGACAUGUGGGGCGCUUUUUUACGGAGCGGUAGGUGCCAGGGAUGGUGCUGAAAGGAGAUACAAAAGUGGCAUUUACGAGGCUUUUAUACAGACAUAUGAGUAUGCAGGGAAUAGUGGGAUUUGGAGCUCAUGCAGGCAGAAGGGAUUAGAUUAAGUGGCCAUCAUGUGCGACCUAGACAUUGUGGGCUGAAGUAACUAUUGCUUCUCGUCUCCCGUUUCCCUUAUCCCUAACCAGUCUGAAGAAGGGUUUCAACCCGAAACGUCACUCAUUCCUUCUCUCCAGAGAUGCUGCCUGUCCCGCUGAGUUACUCCAGGUUUUUGUGACUAUUGCUGUGCUGUACUGUUCCAUGUUCUAUGUAAUACUGGCCCUCCUGCUGAGAUGUGCAGUAUUGGGGCAGGAACCUUGGUUCAAAGAUCAUUAAAAUGACUGGCAGCAUGGAAUUGACAUCCUGCCCACAUCUCUGCGGGGGCAUGAUUGAAAUCCUUGUCGUUAUUCCUCCUCUCGACGUUGACGUUUUCUAAGUUACCUUUCGGGGAGAAACUAACUUUUUUCCAAUUGCUUGCUUUUCGUGAAUAAAAUGAGAAAAUGGCCAUCAAGCAGAAGGGCCAGUUUCUGUGCUUAUCGACCCCCAAAA